GUGAAGUAUCCUUUCUUGCUCGAUGUUUAAGAAGGCCUCUGUUUCGUUCAAUUGAUUUCCCAAUUCCUUGGCCCGGACAGUUGCCACUCAGUUUCCUGUGUUCACGCACCAUCUGCUUUUGACGUCCAAAAUUAGAUCACUUUGCAUGUGUAAAAAGGAAACUGUGUAGCCUGAUGGACACAGCCUUACACCAGAGGAUCUCCAUUCCGCGCCGCCUUUAGUCAACCGGUGGAUUUUACAACAUAGGAGACCUGUCAUAAGCUCAUGACCUAUAUUACUGCUUUGACUGUUCAGUUUUGACCCUUGAACAACCGUCGAUUUCGCUCUUUGCACCACCGACUCUCACCACAUACGGCCCUCCGUUCGCCUCAUAGCGUUUCAAGAUCCUUGGUAGCUGGUUUUUCAUAUCAUUAUUACACAAAAUGGCGACAUCAAUGCAUCUGUCAAAGCUCCGGAAAUGGUUCCUUGCGUCUCCGCCCAUCGAGCUUGCUAUAUCGAAACUCCGCGAACUGUUGAUCGGAGCAAUCAAACAGGGGCCAGUUCCACAGCAUAUCGCAUUCGUGAUGGAUGGAAACCGACGGUUUGCUAGGACGCAUGGGAUUGAGACGGUGGAGGGACACAACCUUGGGUUUGAGGCGCUGGCAAGGAUCCUUGAGGUCUGCUACAGAAGUGGAGUGAAAGUUGUUACGAUCUAUGCAUUUAGUAUCGAAAAUUUCAAACGCUCUAAGUUCGAAGUGGAUGCUCUGAUGGAAAUGGCUAGGGUGAAGUUGUCUCAGAUGGCCCAGCAUGGAGAAAUCCUUGACCGAUAUGGAGCUAAGGUCCGAGUGUUGGGUCGCUUGGACUUGCUUAGGCCUGAUGUCCUUAAAGCGGUGAACAGGGCGAUGGAGAUGACAAGUGCCAACGGCGACCGGGUCCUCAACAUAUGUUUCCCAUAUACAUCGCGCGACGAAAUCACCAGCGCUAUCCGUGAUACUGUCGCUGAUUACAGCCAACCGUUGAGAUCGCGCUCCUCCUCCCAACGAACACCGUUUUCUGAAAGUCACAUUGCGCUUAACAUCCAAGCACAGAACCAGAAUACAAAGACUGAGGAUGCAAAUAGCGAUAUUGAAUCUACUUCCGAAUCCUCGGCACAUGGUGAAGAAGGAGGUGCCAAACAUGACCGUGCGAAUAAGGUGUACGAGUCUGGUUCUUCCUUUUCGUCGUCCACAACCCUUGAUCUCGCUGGUCAUCAGGAUAUUGCAAAUGCGAAAAAGAUAGCGCAGGGCGCUAGUGCCGAGUCGGAGACCCCUACUUUCAUGUCACCAGAGACCAUCACGCGGCAAACAUUAUCCGAUCAUUUACACACUAAAGACAACCCUCCUCUAGAUUUGCUGGUCCGCACGUCUGGAGUGGAGCGUCUCAGCGACUUCAUGCUUUGGCAAUGCGAUGAGGACACGGAGAUUGUUUUUCUGGAUGUCCUCUGGCCCGAAUUUGACUUGUGGCAUUUCAUUCCAGUUCUCCUGGGAUGGCAGAGAAGGAUUUCAAAGUCACGGAAGAAUCCAGAUGCGGAAGGUGAUUACGAUGGCGAUGUCGCCGAGUCGUCGGAAAAGACAAAGGUCCAAGGCUUGUAAUUCACUAAUCAUACCACUUGAGGCAUAGAAGCAUAGGGGUAUAAGGAGUUUCUUUUUUUUUUUUCCCUAGUGUUAACCUGACUUAUAUCCAUCUUUUGUUAUUCAUUACCUGCAGCAACAUUAACCUUAGAGUGUCUGUAUGUAUAUUUAUAUUUAUAGGUGCAGUUUAAAUCAACAUUAUUAGACCACAUAAA